UCACGCUCAGCCUAUUGACAGAAGGCUUUCAUGGGCUGCCACAGGAAAUUAACCCGGAAACCCCUCCGCGAGGCCGUGAUCCUGAGCGUAUGCCCCUGGAAAAGCUAGGGAUGAGCACCUCCCUGAACUACAAGUCCUUCUCCAAAGAGCAGCAAACCAUGGAUAACCUGGAGAAACAGCUGAUUUGCCCCAUCUGCUUGGAGAUGUUCACCAAGCCUGUGGUCAUCCUGCCCUGCCAGCACAACCUCUGUCGGAAAUGUGCCAGCGACAUUUUCCAGGCCUCCAACCCUUACCUGCCGACAAGGGGAGGCACAACCGUGGCGUCGGGAGGCCGCUUUCGCUGUCCCUCCUGCAGGCACGAAGUGGUCCUCGACCGGCACGGCGUCUACGGGCUGCAGAGGAACCUGCUGGUGGAGAACAUCAUCGACAUCUACAAGCAGGAGUCCACAAGACCCGAAAGGAAGUGUGACCAGCCAAUGUGCGAAGAGCACGAAGAUGAAAGAAUUAAUAUCUAUUGUUUGAACUGUGAAAUGCCCACUUGCUCCUUGUGCAAAGUCUUUGGUGCCCACAAAGACUGUCAAGUUGCUCCUCUCACAAAUGUUUACCAGCGACAGAAGUCCGAGCUGAGUGAUGGCAUUGCAGUCCUGGUGGGGAGCAACGACAGAGUGCAAGGGAUAGUCACGCAGCUGGAGGAGACCUGCAAGACGGUUGAGGAAUGCUGCAGACGACAGAAAGAGCAGCUGUGUGAAAAAUUUGAUUAUCUCUAUUCUGUACUGGAAGAAAGAAAAAAUGAGAUGACACAAAUAAUCACUAGAACCCAAGAGGAGAAACUGGAACACGUCCGCUCCCUGAUGAAGAAGUAUGCGGAUCAUUUGGAAGCUGUGUCAAAGCUGGUUGAAUCAGGAAUCCAGUUCAUGGAAGAACCAGAAAUGGCUGUGUUUUUGCAGAAUGCCAAAACACUGCUACAAAAAAUUACGGAAGCAUCUAAAGGAUUUCAAAUGGAAAAAAUAGAGGAUGGGUAUGAAAACAUGAACCAAUUCACAGUGAACCUCAGUAGAGAAGAAAAGAUAAUACGAGAAAUUGAUUUUGACAGAGAGGAGGAGGGAGAAGAGGAAGAGGAGGAGAUGGUGGAUGGUGAAGAUUUGGAUGAAGUCCACACAGAGUCAUCAGGAGAGGAGGAGGAAGAGGUGGAGGAGGAAGGGGCUGAGAGAGCAUCACAGCCGCCUCAGCAAGACCCCGAACCACAGAGCGCAGCCGGAGAGCCCCCAGCCGAACCUGCUCCGGUGCCGCUGCCCGCCGCCCCGGCUGGUCAGGAUGAGGUUGUGACACCAGGUGGUCCUCAACAGACCCCAGAGUCUGACAUUCCAGUGCCAGCCACAGCAGAAACCAUCGAUCCCUUGUUUUACCCUAGCUGGUAUAAGGCUCAGUCGCGGCAAUCAAGCGGUCCAAGCUCAGCCCCGGUGAAUGGGUUGGGGAAAGUAGGGCCUCCUGCUGCUCUGGAAGCAAGUGCAAAGAAGGCAGAAGCCCCGGCAGCGGCAGCAAUUGAGGAGAGUGCCCUGGGGAGUGGUAAGGAAAGUCAUGCCACUGCAGCGACGUCCAAGACUGGUUCUGAACCAUCCCCUCAAGGUCGAGUGGAGGAAACUCCCGUGAGCAGUGAGAGGGGUGAUGAGCCGGCUCGUCAUGUCUUCUCCUUCUCCUGGUUGAACUCACUGAAUGAAUGAUGACUCACUCCGGCUGGCUUCUGGGGUGCCUCUCCUCGGAGGGACCGCGAGCGCAGGCAGCCUGGCUGCCAUCGGCAAAGAAACUGGCCUGGAAAGGGACAUCCGAGCAGGUUUAUCGUUCCCAGGAACUCGGUUGACCACGUCGUACCCAGCCCUUGAGAUGACAGUCCUGAGAGGGAUGGGAGCAAGGGGAGACAUUACUAUCCUGUAUUGUAGUCAGAGUGUUUUCCAGUAAUUUCUUGUUUCCAAGGGGAAAAUAGCAUCUCUACAGCUGUAGGCUGAGCACCGCUAGUGUUCUGUUACUCACUUUUUGGCACAUCCCCGUGUAGGUGUAAAUGCUUCACCGAUGUUGUUAGCUAAAAUGCUGGUAUGAUAUUCACUAGUAGCAUCCUUUGCCAAAACAGCGUUUCUCCUCAGUACCCUCCUGUGUCCCCGCUCGUCGGUGCUGGUGGCUUCAGUGAGAGUAUCACACCCGGGGUAGCCCCAAGUCAGGGGCUGUGUCUGAGCACCUCCCUGCAGUCACUCACGGUCCCCACGGCACCGGCACCUCACCGCCUGUGGAACGCGGGAGAGGAGAGGGAAGCUGCCAUUUCUUCCUUUGCUCUUCCUGCUAAACCACAACAGAGAAACGGAUCAUUUGUAGGGAAGGUGCCCGGUGGACGAGGGAGCUGCGCACGCCGAAAGCACUGGCCAAGCCCCCGCGCAUGGAUGCGGGACACAGCUCUGGUGCACGUGGGGCAAAUGCCAGAGUCCUGCCCACGCCCGUCCAGCUUUAACCUGUGUCUGUGUCUUCUCAGUCAUCCGUGCAUGUAGGAGAAGGGGCAUGUUCUUGCACGAAACCAGACCGCGGUGAGGUGGUCACAGGUAUUCAUUCCAGGUUUAAUUUGAAGGCCCUGUGGCGCGCUGUAGAAAAGGCGAACGCCUGUUCCUUGUGCCUGGCAGGCUUUGAGCGGCCUAAUGAAAUCCAAUUCGCGUCUUAAAAGAAGCUCCACGAGUUGCGCUGGAAGCGACACGGCAAGUUUUGUCACCGGGAACAGGGUGUCAGCACGCCGUGUUUGAGAGAGACCGGCGGGUCGCCGGGAGCGCGCG